AUAUUCCUGUUCUUCUGGCCUUUAUCUUCUGCUAUGUAUUUUCAUGUAGCAGAAAAAGAAGAGAAGUGCCUUAUAGAAGAUCUUCCAGCAGAGACACUGGUCACAGGCCGUUACAAGAUACAGAAAUGGGAUAUUAAAGAACACGACUUCCUCCCGUCUGCGCCUGGACUAGGAAUGGUUGUGACAAUUACAGCACCAAAUGGAGAGGUAUUGCUGUCAAAGUUAUACGGGCCGGAUGGGAAAUUCACUUUCACUUCUCAUUCUCCCGGAGAACACACAAUCUGCAUGCAGUCCAAUUCAACAAACCUUAUAGCUUUUGUUUCAAAUAAAUUGCGUAUUCACUUUGAUGUACAAGCAGGAGAAAACCCACUCGAUUUUCAUAUGAUAAAUGCAAAAGACAAAGUUAAAGCGGUAACAUAUGGCCUUGAACACCUUAGAGGAGAAAUCAACCAUAUCAUCAAACAACAGGAAUAUCAAAGGGAGAGAGAGGAGAAUUACAGACUAAAGAGCGAAGAAACGAACAAUAAUGUGUUGUGGUGGGCUAUUAUACAAACUGCGAUCCUAACAUCUGUUGGUAUAUGGCAAAUCAAACACUUUAAGGAUUUUCUGAUUGCCAAAAAGGUUGUAUGAAACGGUCUUAAAAAACUCAACAAAAUGUUAAUAGGAUAUAAUACUAUGAACAUGACAUUGUGUUUUAAUGUCAAAAUUAGAAUAUUUAGAGCAAAUUUAUAUUUGGAACAACAGUUUAUGUUUAUGUUCUGAUUAUUCAUACAGUUUUUCACUCUCUGAACCACAUUUUACAAAUAAAAAUCGAAAUGAUAUAAAUAUAAAUUGAGCUCACACUGAAA